AUGUACUCUCCCACUGAGGCACAUCAAGUGUUCUUGAACUACCGAGGAGAGGAACUGCGUUACAGCUUCGUGAGUCAUCUCAUUGAUGCCUUUGAAAGACGUGGAAUCGACUUCUUCGUGGACAAAUACGAGCAGAGAGGCAAAGAUCUUAAAAAUCUCCUUGUAAGGAUCCAAGAGUCGAGGAUCGCGCUUGCCAUAUUCUCUACCAGGUAUGCUGAGUCGAGCUGGUGUAUGGAUGAGUUGGUGAAGAUGAAGAAACUUGCGGAUAAAGAAAAGCUCCAGGUUAUUCCGAUCUUCUACAAGGUGAGACCACGAGACGUGAGGAAACAGACGGGUGAGUUUGGUGAAAACUUCUGGACGCUAGCGAGAGCUUCUAGUGGAGAUCAGAUCAAGAAGUGGAAAGAAGCGUUGGAGUGUAUCUCCUACAAGAUGGGUUUGUCAUUGAAAGACAAAAGUUCUGAAGCUGGUUUUGUCAAGAAAAUUGCUGAAGAAGUUCAGAGAGUUAUAGCAGCAAUUGAAAUCGAUGAAGAAAAAGAAAAUCAUUUUGUUAAUCAUUUUGGGGAAAAAAGGAAGAAGGCUUGCAAUUGCGAAUGUGAGCUUCUUAUUUCCAAGAGAUGCAAAACCAAAAAAAACUUGUGA